CAUGACCCAUUAAGUAAUAAUAAAUCUGAUGAUAUAGGUUUCUCUUGGCCAUUAGCCAAGUCUCUGAAACCAUGGCACCUCUUUCUGAUGAAGAAGAAAAUUAUGUCCGCCUAGCAUUGUUAUUGAAAGGAGUGACACCCAGAGCAGUCCGUACUUAUUUUGACAGAGAAUUUCCACCUACGUAUCUACCAUCAACGCUGAAUACAAACUACAACAUUCUUUGGGACUUGAAAUUAAAAAGAAUCAUUAAUCAGGCUCAAUGGAAUCUUUUGAUUCCAAGAAGUGGGAUUCCGGAUUCAAAAACAUUCGAUGUAACGUUGAUGAUCUGUUUAAUCAGAAACUUGACCUCUAUCAAUCCACCAGUCAAUGGAUUUGACAGUCUACCACCACCAGGGGAAACAACUCCAGGAUCUGAUUUAGCCAGAAUAAAAUAUUAUAGGAAUAAACUAGCUCAUCAUGAUAGUAAUACAAUAGACACUGCCUAUUUCCAUACAGCAUGGACAGAUAUAUCAAAUGCGGUUGGACGAUUGGGAGGUGAAACAAUGUAUCAAGAGUGUAAAGAGUUGAAGGUAAAAAUCUUAGAUCAGUCGAAUCAUGAAAUUGUAUUGGAAAUCAAACAAUCAUUCAAAGAGAUGAAAGAACUGAGAAAAACAAUAGACAUUUUGGGAACCGAACACACAAAAGUGACAGAAAAUCUUAGAGAGUUACAAUCUUCCUACAGUACAUUAAAGACGUCCCAAAAUACUUUACAGGCUGAACACAUAGAAGUCAGAGAAAGUUUAAAAGACCCAAUACCUUCAAACAUUAAAGAUCAAUUUAAAAGACAAAUAGAAUACUGGGAAAAGACGGAUAAAAUGUUUGUGUCUACGCGAGCUAGUGCUUAUGUCAUGAAAAAGUUAGAGGAAAAAAGUUGUGUGACUUUAACUGCCCCUUCAGGAGCUGGAAAAUCAUUUAUUGCAAGACACACAGCACUAGUUUUACAGAAAGCAGGAUACAAAAUAGUACCCGUGAGACAACCGGUUGAUAUCAGAAAUUAUUAUCAACCUGGUGAACAGACAGUUUUCAUUGUAGAUGACAUUUGUGGAAAUUUCACUGUGAACCAACAACAGAUAGAGAACUGGACACAACAUUUACCAGUGAUUGAAACAAUUAUAGCAGACAAAUGUUGUAAGAUUAUUGUAUCAUGUAGGUUACAAGUCUAUAAAGAUGAUAAGUUUAAUAUUUUAGAACCUUUUCAAUCCUGUGAAUGUAACUUGAUAUCCGACAAGUUAUGUCUGACAUCUGUCGAAAAAAAUAUUAUAGCCAAAAAAUAUAUUGGUUCAAGCUUGGUCGAUAUUGAUAAAUUGUCACAACAUAGUGAUUUCUUUCCACUUUUGUGCUCCUUAUAUAAUGAGGAAAAACAUGGAGAUGUGAACACAUUUUUCGAAAAUCCUUAUAUUGUCUUUGAAAAUGAACUAGACCGUUUAAGUAGGCAAGGUGAUGAGGGGAAAUGUAAAAAAUGCAGUCUAGCUUUAUUAGUUAUUUUCAAUAAUCAGCUGAGAGAGAAAUGGUUCCAUGGUGGAAUUACAAAUGCUCAAACAAAGAUAAUAAAAGACACAUGUGAGGCUUGUGGAAUCAACAUGAUACCUAAAAUAAAUCUGAAGACAGAACUUGACACUCUAGUUGGUACAUUUGUCUCUAAACAGGAUGGUAUUUACCGUACUAUGCAUGAUAAAUUGUUUGACAUCCUUGCCUAUUACUUUGGUCAGAAAAUCAUAGAAUGUUUAAUAGAACAUAGUGAUAGUGAGUUAGUACAUGAACGUUUUAUUUGGCAGACACCACUAGAUGACGAGAACUGUAACAUAGAUUUCAUUAUUGAAAUAUCAGAUGAUCAUUUAGAAUUAUAUUUAGAAAGGUUUGUCAAGGAAUGGUCAGCAGGAAAGGUGGCAGUUGUGUUCAGUAACAAUAAUAUGAAAGUAUCAUCAUUCAGACAACAGUUAAUACAGUACUUACAACAACUGGAUACAUUACAGCAGGUUAAAUUAGCUAAUACCAAGGAUACAGUGGAAUCAAAGGAAAGCUGGGAUUCUGGUACUAAUCCACUUGUAUGGAAUUGUUAUGACGGUUAUACUGAUAUGGUACAGUGGAUGUUACAUAAUGAUGUGGAUGUGGAUCAAUCUAGAGAUACUGGGACAACUGGAUUGUUGAUGGCAAGUCAGCAAGGGCAUACUGAUAUAGUAAAGUUACUGUUAGAGAGGAAUCCUGAUGUUAAUCUAUGUAACAAGGAUGGCUCGAGUCCUCUGUUACAGGCAAGUCAAGAUGGACAUACUGAUAUAGUAACGUUACUGUUAGAGAGGAAUCCUGAUGUUAAUCUAUGUAACAAUGAUGGCUUGAGUCCUCUGUUACAGGCAAGUCAAAACGGACAUACUGAUAUAGUGAAGUUACUGUUAGAGAGGAAUCCUGAUGUUAAUCUAUGUAACAAGAAUGGCUUGAGUCCUCUGUUACAGGCAAGUCAAAACGGACAUACUGAUAUAGUAAAGUUACUGUUAGAGAGGAAUCCUGAUGUUAAUCUAUGUAACAAGAAUGGCUUGAGUCCUCUGUUACAGGCAAGUCAGCAAGGACAUACUGAUAUAGUAAAGUUGCUGUUAGAGAGGAAUCCUGAUGUUAAUCUAUGUGACAAUGAUGGCUGUAGUCCUCUGUUACAGGCAAGUCAAAACGGACAUACUGAUAUAGUAAAGUUACUGUUAGAGAGGAAUCCUGAUGUUAAUCUAUGUAACAAGAAUGGCUUGAGUCCUCUGUUACAGGCAAGUCAGCAAGGACAUACUGAUAUAGUAAAGUUGCUGUUAGAGAGGAAUCCUGAUGUUAAUCUAUGUAACAAUGAUGGCUUGAGUCCUCUGUUACUGGCAAGUAUGUGUGGACAUACUGACAUAGUUAGAUUACUGUUAGAGAGGAAUCCUGAUCCAUGUGAACAUACAUCACUUAGUACGUCAUAUGUUUAUAAUAACAUCAGUAUCAGUAACAGUCCGAGUCUUGUCCAGCCAUUAAUGAAACAUAAACCAGACGUUAAUGCCCAGACAUAUGUUGGAGGUAAUGCUUUAUAUUUCAGUGCAAGGAAUGGAAACAUUGAGAUAACACAGUUACUGUUAGAGAAUAAUGCUGACUGUAAUAUCUGUAUCCAUAGUAAACAGUCUAUGACAGAUAUAUUUAAUAACCACCCAUCUUUCACAUUAAACAAAGCAAAACAAAACUUAUUUGAUACUCUUGUAGAGAAUACAUCAUCACGUGUAACAGAAUAUGUCAGUAAGAAGGCAGUGGAUUAUGCCUUUGAUGUAGUAGCUGGUUCCUCUCCAUUACACAUAGCCUGUUUUAUGGGUAGGACAGAUAUAGUCCGUUGCCUAUUAGACUAUAAAUCUAACAUAAACAUGAAAAAAGAAGAUGGAACAACCCCAUUAUUUUAUGCAUGUGAAGUAGGACAUGAAGAUAUUGUACGUUUAUUGUUAGAUAAAGAAGCAGAAACAAACAUAUGCAGACUUGAUGGGAAAUCUUCUUUAAAUAUUGCAAUUGAUAAUAAACAUACAUCUAUAGUUGUGCUUGUAAAAGAACACAUGCAUAAGACAAAACCACUUCUUUAAGUAGUAUUUCUCUUUGAUAGUGGUUUCUCGUGACAUUAACAAAACGGCAAAAAGAUUCGAAAACCACUGUCUUCUUUAUUGUUUCUUGAUUUUUGUUUUGUUGAUAUU